AUGGAUCGCCUACAAAUUGCCACUGUCAUAGUGGUGCCCAUCGUUAUGCUCAUAACAGUGACCAGCACAGUGAUAUUCUUCUGUCGCAGAAGGGGGAAAUUCCAGAUGUUUAGAGGAGUGCCAAAGAGUCAAACUAACGAGAAACUAACAAACGACACACCGAACAAUCACCAGGAGAAAAUAUCCAACGCUAUGAGCGAUCCGGAGACCACCACAGUCGCUGUAUUAUGCUCCCAACGGAACGUCAUAGUGGAAAAAGUUUCCAAAUUAUUCGCCAAGUUUAUCAAAUCGAAAUCGCAGGUUCUUACUAUAGAUGAAUCUUGCUCCGAGUUCAAAACACAGGCGUACAUACAAAAAUGGCGAAAUGGUCAACAAGCUUACAUAUUACUGAUCUUAUUAUCAGAUGAGCUACUGGACGGUGUGGACAAAAUUAAACGAGGCUUGGAUAUUUCAAAAACAUCCGGUUUGAAACUCGAUUUACCUUUAUUAAAUUUGUUAAUGGAGAUUGAUCAGGUGACCUACGAGCAUCUUCCUCCUGUCAUGCUGGUGUGUGUGUAUUCGGGUCUGUGUGCUCGGUUUCUAGAGUUGCUGCCAAAUCUUGGACAAUUGUACUCUGUCGUUGACGACUUUGACCAACACAAAUGUCAGUUACGAUCGACGGAUCUAGAACAGUUAUUUGUGUCAUUGUGUAGUGGACAUGUCAGUCCCCCAGUCACCUUGUCACACAGUUCUCUGAUCGGAUGUGUCCAGACUAGACUACUCCUGGCUGCCAUACAAGAACUGUUACACACUAAAGGUAACCAAUCUACGACACCGUACAGUAGGAGUAAACCAAACCAACCAGAGGCGAUCGCAGUAGAUUCUACUACGUACCAAUGUGCUUAUCGAGCGCCAAGUGUCGGUAGACCGGCGUAUGUAUACAGAGAUAUCGUUCGACGUGGAACGUCUUGCUUUGACAACGGCUGCGUGCGUCAUAACGCGUCCUCCCACCAAGGCGUUCAACCUUUAGAUUCAAGACGUUCAACACAAACCUGUAUCAGGGUCGGCGGUUACUCUGUUCACCCACAAAUCGCCCUCUGUGAAUCAGUUUCAGGUCAGACAGACAGUGGAUUUGAUACCAUGACGUCAUCUGUUGGUAUUGACGAAGCAGAGAGCGUUCCGUUUGUAGUUCGAUCUAAGGUCGCGGCUAACACUGACCAGCGUAUGAAAGAGCAUACAUCAGGACAGGAAGAACUGGCUCUGUUUAUUUCCCCGGAGUCUGAUGAAGAGUACGAUGGUGUUUCUCUGUCUCAACGAAUCGUGGAACUGAAUGAGCGACAUACAACCCAAUGGAGCAAGCCGUGA